GGGGGGAAUGCCACCUCUAGUGAUGUCAUCAUCGGAAGAAUAGAGGAAGAAGGGUCAUAUAAGAAUAUAAAUAGAUAUAUGCACGUUGCCUUCCUUUAACAGUCCUUUACCACUUGUUUCUGUCUUUGGAUUCCAAACAAGCAUUUGCAGAGGCAGCAUUUUGACGACAUGGCUGGUGGAUUACUGAAAAUUCCUUUUGGGGUGUAUCCUCUCGUAGCCGUCAUGGGCGGAGCCGUCGUUGGUGUUGGAUACUUUUUGGCUCACAAGUCUGUCAGUCCUGAUGUGGUCUGGUCUCGCUCCAAAAACCCGCAGCCUUGGAACACGGUAAGCCAACACGAAACAACAAAGAUUUAUGAUCCCACUGGCCAGUACAAAAAGUGGAAUCGCUUCAGUAGCGAUAAGAAUAGCGGAAAGGUCGAACAUUGAAAUGUUAUGGAGGGGGUAAUUCGUCAGUUUUGAGAAAUAAAUUAUAUGCGAACCGA